AUGGGCACAUCUGAGGCAGCCGACGAUGUCAUCGCCUGUCUGAAGUACCUAUAUACUACCGAGUAUGAGCAUGUGCGGCCCCUACCGUGGUGCGAAGACCUCAACCUGCAUCUUGGAGAAGGCUACACCAACCUGCAGUUCAAAGAAAUGGACGGUAGGGGGCACUUUCAGGACAUAGGCACUAUCGUAAGCUUAGCAGAUAUUUACGGUACACGGGAAGGUGAAGAUACGCAAGGUAACGUCAGGUCAUCUGUCAGAAAGAUACGAGUAGAGGGGGCCCCUGGUAUUGGGAAGUCGUGCUCUUGUCAGAAACUUGCCCAUGAUUGGUCCUGUGGGAAACUGGACAGGUUUAAGGUUGUGUUCUUUCUGGAAAUGCGACACUUAGCUGGGAAAGUAAAAUAUGAAAUAUUUGAGCAGCUCCUACCAAAGGACACAAAAAUCACCCCGGAUCAGCUCUGGUCCUACAUCCAAGAUAACCAGGAUGAUGUUCUCUUCAUCCUGGACGGUCUAGAUGAGCUCAGUCAGGAAGCUAGGGAAGUUACAGAUGUGUUGGACUUGAUUCAGGGUAAAAUCCUCCGGAACUGUCAUGUCCUGGUGACCUCCAGGCCGUACCAGUGUGUCAAAGAUCUGGAGAAAUGUCACCAGUUCUACAAAAUAGUUGGCUAUAGUGGGAAAAACUCAGAGGAGUUCAUCCACAAAUACUUUUGCAAGUCCCCAGAGUCUGGUUUGGAACUAGUGAAACAGCUUCAAAGUAACAGUAUUUCGUCAGAAAUAGUAGGUAAUCCCCUCAACAACGUGCUCAUAUGUGUUGUGUGGGAGGAUAACAACAAAAAACUACCUUCUAGCAAAGCCGAACUGUAUCGAGAUAUUGUUCAUUCAGUUGCGAAGCGAUUCUGUACAAAGAAAAACAUUCAAAUGGAAGGUGGAAAUCUUCCUCCGACUAUAGAAGAAGCCUUGCGAGGCCUGGGAAAACUGUCCUUGGAGGGACUAGAUCAGGAACAGCUCCAGUUUGACAUAGAUGAGAUCACAAAGAAGUACGGCACAACUGCCGAUAACAUGUUGAACAUGGGCCUCCUGACUAGAGAUUACUCUUUCUCCAGAAUCAAACGCACCUGCUACUGUGCCUUUCUGCACAGAACGUUUCAGGAAUACAUGGCCGCCCGCUACAUCAGUGGCCUGGUCAUGGAUUGGAGUAGCAGAGAACAGGGAAUAAAAUACGUUUGUCAUUUAUUUGGUUUUCCAGAUGGUACUGUGGUUAACAGGAAACUGGUUGUAUCUUGUUGUCGGUUCAAGUGGAUAGAGGUUCAAAACUGGUUACUUUUGAUCCUGGGUGAGAAUUCACGUCCACUCUUUCAAAGGUUUGCAGAGGAACUUCAAAAGGCUCAAACUGAUGAGGACAGGGACCUUUUGUCAUUUUUGUGUAUCAUGUGGCUUGGGACAAGUUGUGCAGGUGGUAAAAUGGCCGAGAUUGUAGCACCCUGUCUGUCUCAGCGCGUAACCAAUGUGUUGGGAUACGAUUUGCUCGACUUUGCAUUUGCAGGUGACGAUUGUGAAAUGAUGGAGACUGGAGAUAUCAUCCAUCGUUUGGGUCGGCACUCAACUCUACGGCGGAAGAGUCGGGAUGAUCAUGCCAAUUGGUUUGUUGGAUUGGCACACGUACUAGCUUUUCAAACGAAACUGUCUUUGAGUCACAAUACAAGUGUCAUACAGCAUCUCAUAAUCGACUGCAGUCAUAUACUAAGCAUGCAAGAAGAGCAGCUUGGUGUCUUGGAAAAUUUAUUAUCAGAUUACAACAAGUUACGCUCUGUGACAUUAUGUGCGUUUAACUUUGAAACCCCUCUCCGACCAUUCAUACCCCGGUGUGGAAUAGAACGUGUGGUCAUACGUAACGAAUGUUUCAUAGAUCAUAUGUCUUUUAUAAGCACGUUGAAACAAUUAUCCACGGCGUCAGCGAUAGAACAUGUUGAAAUUACGUAUACUGCAUGUAUGGCCGGUUGUAAUCUUAUGGAGCGUGACGUAGACUUCACGGAGUUUGACAGGCAGUUUGCCGAUAUGAUUGCGAGUCAAAGUCGUCUCAGGUAUUUAAGGUUUGAGGUCUCCUGGGCGCAGUGGCACCCGAAAACCAUGCUAUUCUGUAACCUAACAGACACUCUACAUCGCAUCUCCGAGCAUACAAGACUCGAAUUCUUUGAGUUCAGGCUUCCAGGGAUUAUUAUACACGAUGAGACAUUUGAUGCUGGGCCAAUGGUGCUCACAAUCACGGAAUGCUUGCAGAAAAACAAGGUGCUGAAGACACUGAGGCUUGGGUGGGGAAACUGUUAUGGGAAUAAGAUAUACAUGGGUAAAGCGUAUUGCAGCGAUGAGUCCCUCUCUGGCCUGUGCGCAGCGAUCCGGGAAAACCGAACUCUGGAGACGCUGGUGGUUGAGGGGCUGAUUCCUCACUCAAAACGCAAGGCGAAGAUGAUUUCUGAGCUCAUACGAAAUAAGCCUAGCAACUACAAGGAACUCAGUAUAAAAAUGUCCGAAAGCCCCUUUGUUGAUGACUGGGAGUCGAUUUCGUUUUAGGUACGACAGGGUAAUAGAUACAUAUGUGCCGAUUAUGUGCACACAUUUUGAUAGAACAUUCGCUCCAGAGGACACAGAAGUCAUUUCUAUUUCUUACAAAAAAGAAGACCAUUAUAUGAUUCUUGUUUACCUUUAAUAUGUCAUACCGCCAACAAUACAUUAAAAAAUCCUUUAUAUUCUAUAUUGAUCGAUUAGAUCAAUUUAUAUCUUUUGAAUCAGGUACCUUGCCCGAUCCAUUCAAGUAUUAAGAUAUGACCAGUAAAAAAACGUUUGAUCAACAUUUGAUAAAUCAAAACUUGAUUUGAUGAGAACUCGCACACUUUGUAGAAACAAAAUAUUAUCUUUCAUUUUACUUUUUGCUAUUUAAGAUGCUAUCCUGACGUCCAGUUUCCUUUGAAGACCUCCUGAUGUAAGAGCUGAAAAUGUGACACAAUGUUUAUCAAAUACUAAAACAGAACCUUUGACAAGAGCACGACCAUGCACACACCUUUGUGCCUAAGAAAGCUUUCUUGUAUUGUGUAUCAUGGGUCGACUCUAAGUACUAUUCAUAUGCUUUGUUACCAUAAAGUACUUGACUUAUACGUUACAUACCUAUAUAGCUAUCAUACCAUAGAUCACUGAACUUAUUCAUCCAAAACGUUUGUACUGUAUAUAUUUGCACAAAACGUUUGUCCAGUUGUGUAGAUUUUCUAGAAUCGAAAAUGUAGCGUGGGCGUUUAUGAAACAAAUAACGUUAGUACCUACCUUUUGUUGAUAUCACAAAACUUUCUUCAGCCAGAUGUCAUGUGUGUUACUUAGAUAUUACUGCCUGCACAUUGUAUGAUAGGCUAAAAUGUCAUUAAAUAUUUACAACAUGUUUUACACUGACAUGAGUUAAGAUCAUUGUAAUAACCUAUUCCUGUAUAAGACGAAACAAACAAUCAGAAUGGAUUACUUUAUAUUGCUGUACCCAAGGAGAAUGAAGACACAGAUGCUUGUAUAUACCGACGCUCAUUUUGUAGCAUUAUAGAAGACGGACACACAAAUAGAGAUGAGUCCAGUACUGUACUUGUUACUAUCAUGAAAAUUGCUCCAUAUAUGUAUGUACAUAGGGAGGAUAGAGAUGCAAAUGCUUUUAUAUACCGAGGCUUCUUUGGGGGCAUUACAGAAAUUGAACACACAAAUAGACAUUAGUUCAAACAAAUUGUUGCUACUUUACUUGAUAAUGGAAAAUUAUGUAUUGACCAGCAUAAUCACAUAUUUCUUCCUGACUUGUUUACAAUCAACCAGUUUGAUUAGUUUACAUUCCUGGUUUUAUAUGUUAACUGACGUUUACAUAUUGCCUACUGCUGACCACAAGGAUUGCAAAGUAAUGAAGAAUAUUUGCCUGUUUUAGUGACAACAUUUUUAUUGUACAUAUCAUGUUGUUAAACACAGAGAUGUGCAAGGAAGGGCAGAAGUCAAGUGAUACCCUUGUCAUACUAGAGAGAAAAGUCAAUUGGAGUUCCAUGAACACAGCAAAGAACCUAGUAGAAAUAGUGAUGUAAUAAAAAUUUACGUAUGUUUGUAAUAUUUCUGAAUAAAGGUUCACCAAAGGGAUGAGAUGUGUUGCAGUUAUGUGUGAUGCUUGUUGCCAUUGAAAGAUUGUACGUGUGUCACUCCUUCUUUACAUGAUUUUGAUGAAGAGAGAAAUGUAUAG